UAAAACUUUGACACCAACUAUCGGACAUAACUUCACAUACCAGUGUAAGUACAACCAGGAUGCCUCCUCACUUACAAAAUUCAUCUGCAAAGGAGAAGAUUCAACUGUAUGUAAACAGCUAGUAACCACCACAGAGCCUGACGUGAAACAGAGGUUUAUAAUGAAAGAGCACAGCGGGAGUAUCACCAUAACAGUGAGAGAAGUAACAGCAAACGACAGCGGGAUAUACUGGUGUGGAGCAAGACACAAACACAAUCAAACACAUGACGACUUCUUCGAUGGAUUUAAUUUGAGUUUCAGUCUGACACAAGGAAGUAUUCCACAUCUACAUGAGCAUGAGAAUUUUGUCUUCGUGUUGAUCGUCUGUAUAGCUUUUCUGCUGCUGAUGGUUGUGACAGUUUUGAUCCUUAUUUACAAACGACUUUCACCUUUAAAGGAUACAGGAAGUGAAGCAACAACACAGAAUAUCAAAGAGGACAAUAUCUAUGAAGAAAUAGAGCAGCAUUUCCAGAGUCCAGGCUCAGAAAAUGCCACAAACACGGUUUAUCUCACCGUCGAUCACCCUACAAACCAUCCUGCCUCACUCCAUUACUCCACCAUCAUCUUUCCAAGCAGCUCUGACAUAGCUGCUGCUGAGACACUGAUCCUCACACCCAGCUCAUCUGCCUGCAAAUAUUCGACUGUGAAGCACAGCAGGAGUCUGACUACGUCGACUGGCACACAUCCACCCAGACCUCCACAGGAGCCUCUCUACUCAAAAGUCAACAAGUUGAAGCCAAAACAGAAAUAAGACUCUCACUCAUGAAAUCCACCCCUCACCACCUCACACACACCUCAGCUGGAGCCAUCCAAACCUCAGUCUUCAUCCUCAGAUCCACCACCUAGACUCUGGGGGGUCCUGUCCCAAAUCUUAUCACUGCUGGGAUUGUGUUCUGCCAUGAUGAGCUGCUGGAGUCUGACUGCCAAAUACAAUCAUUUCUCUAUGUCAGUAAAUCAUGUUCUUUUAAAUUAAAUCUCCUUAUUGAAACACUUUUGAGACAUUAUUUGAGUGCUUAAUCUCCUCUCUGACACAUCCCUGGUAUCCUUUUAACAAUCCCACAGACUGUACAUAUGAACAAUUCACAAACCAUUUCAGCAUUUGUCUUCACUAGUGCCAAUAUUGACUGAUUUGCAUUUUACAGGGAUCACAGAAAAACCUCAGCUAGAGGUUCAGAUUAGUUGGUAUUUUUUUACUGGGGAGAAUGAGACAGAUGUGCUGUGGGCGCUACUUUUCAGGACAUUUGAG